AUGGAACCACCCUCUUCAGACUGUAGAGGUGCGGAAGCAGUACUAAAUCUCCAACCCAGCUCAUCAAUUCCUAUUACAUACCACCCUCUCUUUGGUCCUCACACUGAUCUGAUCCUCCUUGAGCUUGAUGAGAAGCUCCUUCCUGAUAUCCUUCACCAAAGAGUAACUGUUAGAGGACAGCCUGAUGAAGUUGCAGUCAUCUGCACGGAAUCAAAGACUUAUGCAAUCAAGUCCGUUGGAACUUCCAAUUCUGUUUUCCUCAUACCCCCAUCUUGUCAAUUUAAUUCUUUCGAAGAACCAAAAUGUUUGGAUGAGAAUUAUCAUGACCGGCAACUUGCUGCAUCUGUCCUCAAGAUUGCACCUGGUACCAUGGAGCUUGUUGAAAUUGCUCCAAAGCUUGACAAGCUCAGGUUGCUACUUUCUGAGAACCCUUAUAAAACUGAGGAGGACACAGAAAUGGGAGAUCUGGAAGAGAUGGAAAGGGAGAAUGUAGGACUGUAUAGAUGGGACGAUCUUAUUGAGAAGGUUCAAGCAAGUAACGAUGAGUUAAGAAAUGGGUUACAUGCUCUUUCAGCUGUGGAGAUAAAUGGGUACUGGAGAAUUGUAGAUGAAAAGUACAUGGAUACAAUGCUAAGGAUGCUUUUUCACAAUGCAGUGUUGAAUGACUGGUCCUUUGCCUCACUCAAUCAAGAUGAGGUUGUUAAUGUACUAGUAUCAGAUGGCUUUCCAUACAAACUUGCAAACCAUUGCUUGCGUGCCUUUGGUAGUAAGGUGGAUGAGGGUGUGGGCACAAGUAAUACAUGGAAGUUGGAUGUAAGGAAGGUGUGUGUGCACUUUGCAAGAGAAAUCUUGAGAGGCGGGAAGAGGAAAAUGGAGAAUUUCAUGGAGGAGUGGAUGCGAAAAAUUCCUGAAGGGAUGCAAGCAAGUUUUGAUUUGUUGGAAGGUGAAGUUUUGACAGAGAGGAUUGGUAUUGAGACAUGGAUUCGUGCCUUCUGUGUUUCAUCACUACCCAGCAGUCCUGCUGAGCGGUUCUCCAUCUUGUUUAAACAGCGUCCGAAAUGGGAGUGGAAGGAUCUACAGCCUUUCAUCAGGGACUUGAACGUGCCCGGUCUUUCUGCAGAGGGUUUGCUAUUAAAGUACACGAGAAGAUUACAACCAACCAUGGACACAGAACCAGUUUUCUGCUCAAGAUAAUGUUCAAAGUAUAUGUUUUGUUGGCAUUUUUCUGGUAAUCUUCAGUCUAGAUUUGUAUUGAGACAUAUCUUUUAUGAACCGGCUAUAUUCUUUUGACAAAAAGUUGGGUUUAUGUUAAAUGAAAAGAUAACGUCUUCACAACUUUGGCAUUAGACCACAGAGAAGCAUGGUGGUAAAUGAGUUAUGUUACUGUAUGUCUACUGAAUUCUAUGGGUGUGUUAUAACUAUAUGGUCAGCAUGGUGGUAAAUGAGUUUUGUUACUGUAUGUCUACUGAACUGUAUGGUUAUGUAUUACCUUUUUGUUU